AUCAGUUCCCGCACCCCAGAUUUUCCUCCUUCCACCUCCCUCCUCCACUCCCCUCCCAUCAUUCUACUCGGGGUUUCUAUUUUCUUUGUGUCUUUAAUUCCUCUUCUUACUUGUUUUGAGUUGGCUUUCUCCCAAUCCUCCCAGCAUGGCAUUCGCCACCAUCAAUUCAUCCGCCGCGAACCGCCGCCAUGUUCCCAACACCGUCAUCCCCUCCAUUGAAGACGCAUUCGCCGCGGAACCGAACCUGAAGAAACGAGUCUACGAUGCGAUCGGCGCCACCCCACAGUAUAAACCGCUCUUCGAAGACAUUGCGCGAUACACCUCCAGCCUGCAGGCCAGGACAGCGAGUGCGCCCAUCGUCCAGCCCGUCAUCGAGACAGCCGCCGCCGCCACCGACAGUCCCGCCGCGAAGAAACGGAAGCUACAGAAUGGAGACGUUACGGGGACGGCUCAGUCUAGCGUGGAUGUCAAGUCGUCGGCGCCGCUACAGUUCUACAUGCAGGAUGUGUCGUUCGCCAUUCCGCAGCGCAAGAAGCUGACGCUGGAGAUUACCGCCGGGAGCGGGAUUCUUCGCGCUAGGAACCAGGCUUCGAAGGAGGUGGAGUUUGGAAUUCCGAUGCAUAGGAUUCAACAUGUAGUGUGUCUCCCUGUGCCUGAGAAGAAUCAGCGACAAUUCAACUUCUGCAUCAUCCCGCAAAACGGCGACGGUAUCAACACGCCUCCGCAAGGGGAACUCGUUCCAGAAUGCAUGGUAUUCACGGUCAACGACGGGCCCGCCAAAGCGGCGUUUACGGGCUCGGGGCAGCAGAUCGGGAACGGCGAAGGCGAGACGGCGGAGAAGAUGGUGCGACAGAUACUGGAUGAGCAUCUGUCGCAGACAAAGGUCGUGCGUCCGGACGAGAGGGAGUUCGUCAGCGCCAUGCCCGAGGCGCAUCGGAAGGGAGAAAAGGCCUACCAUGUUAAGGCCUUCCGCGGCAGUAAAGAAGGUUAUCUAUUCCUCCUGCCAACAGGAAUCAUGUUCGGGUUCAAGAAGCCGCUGCUCUUCUUCGCCUUCGAGACCGUCGAUUCGAUAUCCUAUACGUCUGUCCUCCAGCGGACAUUCAACCUAAACGUCAUGGCCCGCCCCAUCACAGGCGACGAACCGCUCGAGUUCGAGUUCUCCAUGAUCGACCAGGCCAACUUCAGCGGUAUCGACGCCUAUAUCAGAAAGCACGGCCUGCAGGACGCCAGUCUCGCAGAGGCGCGCCGCGCCAAAAAAUACAACGUCAACCCCAACAAGGCGGACGAAGAAGCCGUCAAGACAGAAGACGGCGCCGCAGAAGAAGAAGAAAGCGAGUUGCAGAAGGCACAGCGCGAGCUGGAGGACCAGGAGGACGAAGACGAGGAGGAUUAUGACCCUGGGAGCGAGUCCGAUACCGACGGUAGCGGCUCCAGUAGUGAUGAUGACGACGAUGAUGAGGAUGGUCAGGGUGAGGAGGACGACGACGACGACGAAGACGGCGAUCCAGACCUUGUCACCAAUGAACUUGGAAGCGAGGCUGAAGACGUCAAAGAGGAGCAGCUAUGAGACGGUACUAUAUACAUGUUCUGAAAUCCAUUCACGGCUACUGCCGAUAGACUCGCU